AAGAUUUCAAUCGUUCGCAGCUCAGUUUUAAUGACGUCAUCACGCACGCGACGGACCUGCCCUUGACGCCGAGGCUACACAAGAUUGCCAAGAUGGUUGCAUACUGGAGACAAGCGGGACUCAGCUACAUUCGCUUCUCGACAAUCUGCGCCAAUGCGGUGCGAGCCGCCCUCAAGCCGCAAGUGAAAAGCGAAGCGAUGAAGGCGGCCGAAGCCAGCGUCAAAGUAGUCAAGCCCAAAACAGCAUGAUAUGUUCCUGGGACGUAGACCACUUCUUGCAACUGUCUGAAAAAAUGGAGGACAAUGUGAUGUCUUGAAGGGACGGGAUAACAACAGAAUGGCAAUUUCUUCCCUAUAAUUUGUAAUUAAAGUUAUAUGAAAGCAGAUUCA